AUGGGCACUGCGGUGUACGCGGAAUACGCGCUGGAGGAGAUCACGCUCAAGUCGUCGCGGAAGCAACGGGCUCCGACGACAGGGGGAGCGGAACAUACAAGUGCGUGGUGGACACGCAGUCGCUCUUUGCGUUCGGGAAAAGGACGGCCGAGUUCUGCACAAGGAGGUGGUUUCGAGUGGUGUGAGUGGUGGAUCGAAAGAGGUCGAUCGAGAAGGGGAACAACAACAAGCUCAAGCAAGGCUCAAGGACGGCUACAAGGUGUCAAGGGACGACGUGGUGGUGAACAUGAGGGAGCCGGGAAACCUAGCGAUCGCGGCAGCAACGGUUACGCUGGCCAGCGCGCAGGUGCCACUGACGAGGCCCCGGCGGGGGCCGAAACGCGUCUGGCACGCGUUCAAUCCAAGUCAUUCACAUCUACUCGAUUCUACAUUUCCUACAUGGUGUCUCUUGUUGAUACGCCAGUGGCUUGA